AUUAAUUAUAUAUUUCAGAUUAAAACAAACAAUGCUUGGAAAACUAAAGUUAAUUGUGGAACCCACUUUUUGUAGGAAUUGUCAGAUAUCGCUGUUAAAUCUGACCUUUAGACGUCCUCAGAUCUUGGAACAAAAUUCCAAUUUUAAUUCCGGAUCACAGAGGCAAUACACAGCUAUACCUUUAAAUCAUAAGUAUGCAGUAAGCUCGUUUCGUCUUUGCCCUCCUAACUUCAAGUAUUCCAACAUUUGUCAACCAACUUCAGCUCUAUUUUCUUCUCUAACUUCCUCAUCACCAUUUUCAGCUUCGUUUUCUUCUCCAACUGCUUACUCUCCAUCUUCAGCUUCGUUUUCUUCUACAACUGCUUCCUCCCCAUCUUCAGCUUCGUUUUCUUCUUCAACUGCUUCCUCUCCAUCACCAGCUUCGUUUUCUUCUUCAACUGCUUCCUCUCCAUCUUUAAUUUCGUUUUCUUCUCAAACUACUUCAUCACACCCUUCUGAAGAUCCAGUUAAUCAACGAGAUUAUGAAUAUUUUCACAGGAACAGAGUUCUCAGUUCACUUCCUUCAGAUAGAUCUAUAGCUUUUGCAUAUGGAUCUGGAGUUUUUAAGCAGGCUGGGAAAGCUUGGACCAGGAAUUCCAUGUCAGAUUUUAUUAUUGCAACAGACAAUCCCGAAGCAUGGCAUAAGAAAAACCUUCAAUUGAAUCCAGAUCACUAUCCUUUUCUCAUUCGACUGAUCGGUUCAGAGAAAAUUGCCCAGAUACAGACAGAUUUUGGCGCCAAAAUUUAUUUCAACACACUGAUUCCGUUUGAAGACAGUUUAAUCAAAUAUGGCGUCAUUUUCACGGAAGACCUUGUACAAGACUUAACAGAUUGGACGACAUUAUAUGUCUCUGGUCGAUUACACAAACCUGUCAACAUUCUUGAAGCUGACCUUUCUAAUGAGAAGCUUAAAAGCGCGUUAAGGGUCAACCUAGACUUUGCUCUUCACGCUGCACUUCUUCAGCUACCAGCACGUUGUACCGAGAUUGAACUUUAUUUACAGUUGGCUGCAAUAAGCUACACCGGAGAUUUACGGAUGUUGGUUGGAGAGGAUAAAAAUAAGGUUUUCAAUAUUGUGGAUGCACAGACAGAUCUUUUCAGAGACCUUUAUGCGGCAAGGUUAAAAGGUCUGGCUAAUCAUGUUCUAAUCCAAAAUGGUUCCGUUAUACAAGAUAAUAGUGAGGAGAGUAGAAGAUAUCAUUUAGAAAAACUGCCAACUAAUCUAAAAACUCGGGUUCUCAAGGAGUUUUGUAAGGAUAAUGCUAUGGAUGGGGCAAUGGCUUUACUUGAAGGAGCUCGAAAUCUAGAUCUCACAAAUAAAGCUCUCAGGUAAAUUUUAUAUAUAAUAUAAAU